UUUAAAGUUUUUGGUGGUAAAUUUUCUCCUUCUCUUAUUUCUGCACAGAGGCAGACAAACGCACCCAACCGCUUUAUUUCAUUGUCUUUCUUCCUUCUCCCAAACACAACUUUAACCAUUUUUCUUCUUCCUCUGUUUAUAUUAACUCAUUCUAAUAGAUUUCUCUCAGAUUUUCAUCCAAACAAAAAAAAAUUUCAAGGUUUCAGUUCCCACCUUACAGAGUGGAAGUUCAAUAUCAUGGAGGUUCCUUCGUACUUAUUAAUUUCCAUUCUUAUACUGAACCAAAAGGAGGAAAGAAGGAAGUUACAUAUUAUCUUGGUUUGAUUACUAAUUUCAUGACCGGAGUGAAAGGCCUUAUACUUCUGCUGUUAAUUUGGCUUUACAAACUUUAUAGCCAUGGUUGGUUAAGUGAUGACCAUUAUCGUCCCUUACGUCUGCCAUGAAUUAUAAACAAUUCCAGGUGAUGUCCUGAUGAGUAAUCCUGCUUCUAGUGCUUCCUCUACGAGUCUGAACCUGAAGUUCUAUCGCGGUGGGGUAAUAGGGUUGACUCUUCCAUCUGGAAUAUAACGUAUCUUUAGGUUUUAGGUGACUUGAUUAUGGGGCAUAGACAUUUAUUUGGCACAUCCCAAAUGUUUGAGAGUGAACAUGAGCAGAGCUGGAAUCAUAUGCAUACAGAGCAACCUUAUGGAAAUCUAGUGAGGGCAAGCACUACAGAACAGGUUCCUUCUCUGUCCUGUAGAAAUAUGACUGUUGAAGGGGUGCAUUUUUCUCUCCAUUGGAAUCCUGUGCCUAGAUCAAGUGGUUAUGCUUCCUCAAGCCACAUGUUGAAGCACCACACUUAUCAACCUGACACUUCAGGCCCAUCUCAUGAUGUUUUUCUGCAUCCAUCACCACCUGUAGCAUUUAGUGCUGCCCCUGAAAACUACAUGCAUCAUGCAUCUUCUUCCAAUUGAAGGCAGACUUUCCAUGGAAUUGAGGGUGGUUUUGUUGAUCUUACAAUGGGUGGCGGAAGAGGACCUCACAAGCGAAAAAGCCCUGGAGUCCCUUCAGUCUGUGAGAGGGGUGGUUCAAGCAGAUAUGUUGGUGCUGGAAGUUCAUCUGAUCUUCCUCUAUCUUCUGACUUUUGGCAAGAAAAACCAAAUAUAGAAACUCAACACAUGCAUUGGGAUCAUGUUGCCAUGCCUUCGAGCUAUGGAGGCAAGGGCCUCUCAAUUAGGGGUGAGGGUUCUAUGAGGAACGUGAGAAGCCGUCCAGCACUUGAUCUCGAAUCCAACCUAGUUAACCAUUUAUCAAGCAAUCCUUCACACACUGCCUACUCUGCAAGCCACCCGGUUGACCAUUCUAGCUCAGUGGAUCUCUCAGGUCAGAGCUCUAAUGCUUUGUCAAGGGAGUGGGAGUGGGGCCAUUUGAGAAUGUCUCCUAGUCAUGGAAGGAAUCAAGCUUCAGAUUCAAGUGUUUUUAAUCAUGAGACAAACCAGUUUCUGGGUGGUAGCAGUGCUACAACUGCUUCUACUGAGGUUGGGGGUCUUCAGCAUGAUUUCAUUUCGGGUAGAAAUCCUGUUCUUCCUCAGAGUUUUAAUGGCAACUCAGCCCAAUCUGUAAGGGGUGUUCGCACAAACUAUUCUCAGAGAUCUAGCCCAACUUUCAGGGCUUCUUCCAGCAGUGUGCGCUUAGGACAUGUGGCACCUUCAGAAGAGGGGGUGCAGGUUGCUGCUGAAACUUAUUCCUCCAGACAUCCUCGGCCAUUAUCAGCUAUCACAUGGCGCAAUAAUGAGCGGAAUGCGAGGUCAAGGAUAUCUAAUGACAGAUAUAGAUCUCUAGCUGAUGAUGCAGCUUUCCAUGACCGAUUUUCAUCUGAGGGUUUUAUGAUUGUGGACCGCUCAGCCUUUUAUGGAUCUAGAAACAUGUUUGAUCAGCAUAGAGAUAUGAGGUUAGACAUAGACAACAUGAGUUACGAGGAGCUACUUGCACUAGGGGAAAGGAUCGGGAAUGUUAGCACAGGCUUGUCUGAAGACUGGAUAUCUAAGUGUUUGACCGAAUCAAUUUAUUGCUCUUCAGGUCAAUUUCGGGAUGAGAGCUCUUGUGUGAUUUGCCUGGAAGAGUACAAGGACAUGGAUGAAGUUGGGGCAUUAAAUACAUGUGGGCAUGAUUACCAUGUUCCCUGUAUCAAGAAGUGGCUGUCAAUGAAGAAUACAUGUCCAAUCUGCAAAGCUUCAGCUCUGGCGGAUGAUGCCAAGGAGAAAUAAUGGCUUGUACCCUGCUUUAUCAUUUUAUCAUUUAUCAUUCUUGUAUAUAUAAUGAGAGUGUUGCUCAAACAAAUCACAGACAUCGUUUAGAGAAAAUUUGUAACGAAAAAGGAAAUGUUGGCAUCCAUCUCAAUUUCGUGGAAGCCUUAAAAGUUAAAUUAAUUUCAAUCCAUUUGUUGUUUUUACCCCAA